AUGAAAUCAUUUGGAAUAUUUCAGCAUGGAACUUAUAAAAACCUAGACUGGCUGAAAUCUGUGAAAAAAUCUCAUGGUUCAGUGGAAGUUAAUUCCUUGUGCCAAGCAGAAGCAAUAAAUGCUGGUGGUGUUUAUGUAGUUGGAUAUCCAGGAGCUGACACAUCAACCAAGAAACUUCUACUAGGAGAUGUACUAGAUUUGUCUGUGAACCAAGAGACCAAUGAAAAUGAAGAAUCAGACAAACAGAAGAGAGGACUUGACAUACUAGAGAAGAAUAAGUAUAACUAUGGAGAACUGCAAGAUCUGCAAUCAAGACUAAUGUUAGUUGCUGGGAAAACAGAGAAAGGAAAUGAUGAAGUGGAAAGAUUUACGAUGAUUUUGGAUUCAGUGGUAAGACUUGGAAAUAUAUACACAAAGCUGGUUUCUGAUGGAUGUGUUCUCUUUACAAGCUGGAAUGCUACUUUCUUAUGUGACAAAAAGAGACCAGUUUGUGUAUUUAUAAACUUUGGUCAGGGGAGAGAAAUGCAAACAUUGAAAGGAAAUGCUGAUGAUGUUACAUACAUAAUACCAAAAAUUGCAGAGUUCCUUGAAAAUUGUCACAAGAAAUGGUUGAGUUACAUCAAUGAGAAAAGGGAGCAGUACUAUUUGCUGAAUUAUUUUUCAAUUGAUCAAAUUGUUAUACUUCAACAAGAACUUGUAAAAUUGGGUUUGGAACAAGUUCCAUCAGUUCUUAUAUAUCCAAUGCUGUCAGCUGUUAAACAUGAUUGUACAGAGAACGAUCUGAUGAUGGCACUGUCCAUGGCAAAGCAUGAUGUCAUUCAGAAGGAAUCUUCAAAAGAUGCAGACCAAAAUGAAACUGAACCAGAAACCAACGAUCAAGAAGAAUUGAAUGAAGAUGCAGAAGAACUUUUGAAGGAGAUAAUUGAAAAUUAUUUCUCAGAAGAGCUAGCUAGAGAAGCAUUGAAACAUUGCACUGAUAUUGAAGAAGCUCUUUUAUGGUGUGAUGAACAUGAAGCUGAUUUCAAGAAAAUGACAGAAGAGAAGACUGCUGUCGAGCCUGAUGAUGAAGUUCCAGAGGACACACCUUAUUCUGGAUGGAUACACACAAGUGAAUCCAUGGCGUCCAUGACAGCAACCUUAGUACAGCAACUUCCUAUGGACCAAGAGGAAAAUGCUUUUAAAAGAUUACAGACAGCAUUACAAGACCUUUGGGACAAGUUCCUUAAUUCUAUUUCCGCCAGUGUGUCUGACUACCUUAGUAUAGAGCACUUAUGUCUUAUUCUAGAAAGAUUGUCUGGACAAGAAACCAUUACCAUUGAAAGAACAAUGUCACCAUACUUGAAACACGGAGAACCAAAUCUUAUCAUAGUUCAAGAAAGUGAAAUCUACAAUACAGUUUUGUCAAUAUACAACCAUGAGGAAGACCAGCCCCUCCCACAGUCUGAUGAAGUUCUGUUGUGUACUCCAACCACUACGCUGGAUGUGGUGGAAAUCUUCUGGAGGCGAUGUCUAUUUGCAGAAAAUGAGAAAAUCUACUGUUUAGUUAAUGCUGAUAUAUUAGACUAUGAUGUUGCUGAUAAAGCAGAAAGAAAACUACAAAGUCUAAUGACAAGCUCAAAAAGCAAUGUUGCAAAAUACAAACUAGUUAUACUGUGUUGUGCAGAAAAUGAAAAUAAGUCUGUUAUUGUGAGGGCUUUAACAAAAUAUCAUCGACCACAGCUGUUUGCAGUGAAUGUUCAGAAUGUGAAGCAGCACCUAUUGAGAAAGUUGAUAAUUGACUCACCAGUCAAUGGCAAUACAUCAGCUUCUUCCGUAGAUUUUGAAAGGUCGAGUGUGAGAGUUGUCAAAUCCUGCCGAGCUGGAGUUGGUAAAUCUCUAUACAAGAAAAGAAUGGUCAGUGAUUUACUACAAAAGCAGAGUAGAAGGAGCAUGAGAUUCCAACAACAUGACUUAACUAUACCUUUACAUGAUAAAUCUAUUGACAUUGAUGAAAUAAUGGAAGCUUUUCUAGAUGUUACACUUCCACCAACAGAAUUGAGGCCGAGGAUAUUUCAUAUUGACUUAUCUCAUGAGGUACAGAAUGGAGUAGAUGCCUUUUUGUUCCAGCUCCUUGUAUUAGGAUAUCUGACAAACACUUCAGGAUAUGUUUGGAGAAAGUCUGCCAUGGAUUACUAUAUUGUUGAAACAUUACCUCUGAUGGUCAAAGACACUAACACAAAGAGAGGAUUGAUGACAUGUCUGCACCAUUGCUUGGAGAUUUUACCUUCAGUUAUGUGUAGAUCACCACAAGAGAGUUUAGAAAUCAUACCAGGUACUGGAGGGCCACUAGAUUAUUCUCGACAUGACAGGUUGUUUGAUUCAGAGGAAUUCAGAAGUACAACUUUCCAAAGACCAUAUCAGUACUUGAAGAGACUAGACACAAACUGUAGAUUGGAUGAUGUGAAUCCCAAUAUAUAUGAGGGAGAUAAGAAACAUUGCUUAGCUACUUUGUUAAGACACUGUGGAAUAAGAGAUCCAUCCUGGUCAGAAUUACACCACUUUGUAAGCUUCCUUGAUGCUCAACUGCAGGACUUUGAAGUUUCAUCAUUUUGUAGCUCUGUUGCUUUGCAAGACUUACCAGGAUUUCCUAAAUUUGUAUUGAGAUUUCUCAUACAAAUGUCUCGAGAUUUUUCCACAAGAUCACUGGUUGUUAGUGAAGAAUCACCCACACAGGUUUUCCAGGUGAUACAAGAAGAUGUAUCACAAGAAGAAAAUGAUGGGAUUAUAGAACAGUAUCAGAUGAGAAGAACUUGGGAAUCAAGUCCCCAUCCUUACUUGUUUUUUAACCCUGACCACCACAGUAUGACCUUUCUUGGAUUCAAUAUUGAAAAGGACACACGAAAUUUAAUUGAUCUGCAGACCAAUGAAAUUCUUGAGAAGAACAUUAUGGAAAAAAAUCUUUAUGAAGCUCUGGGCAGAAACAAAGUAAACCUUACUGAAAAUUUUGAUGCUCUACCAAGGCAUGACAAGAUCUUAAAACUGUGUAAUGUGAUGGGAAUAGACAUGGCUCAUGAUCCUGAUCCAACUUAUGAGUUGACAACAGACAAUGUCAAGAAGAUCCUGGCUAUUUAUAUGAGAUUCAGAUGUGGAAUACCAGUUAUAAUCAUGGGUGAGACAGGUUGUGGAAAGACUCGUCUCAUUAAGUUUAUGUGCUCAUUACAGCAACCCCCUGGAUUAGAAGUCAAAAACAUGAUUCUGAUGAAAGUUCAUGGAGGAACCAAAGCCUCAGACAUAAUGAGAAAAGUACACCAAGCAGAAAAACUAGCUACAGAGAAUGCCAGGGAGCAUCAAAAUAUGGACACUGUGCUAUUCUUUGAUGAAGCUAACACUACAGAAGCUAUUGGGGUCAUCAAAGAAAUCAUGUGUGACAAAACUUUAGGAGGCAAACAAAUGGAGUUACAUCAAAGAUUGAAAAUGGUGGCAGCAUGCAACCCAUAUAGAAAACAUUCAAAGGAGCUUAUUCAAAGAUUGGAACAAGCAGGUCUUGGCUAUCAUGUUGAUGCUGAGAAGACUACAGAUAAGAUAGGUCAUGUACCAAUGAGGAACUUAGUAUACAGAGUUCAGCCAUUACCACAGAGUAUGCUACCACUUGUAUGGGAUUUUGGACAGCUAGAUACUGAAGUAGAAGAGUUAUACAUUAGGCAGAUGGUUCUUAGAUAUAUAAAUAAUGGACAUUUACCUGGUUUACACAGACUUGAUACUGUUGUCAGUAAGAUUCUGACAGUUUCACAAGAAUUUAUGAGAAAACAAAAGGAUGAAUGUAGUUUUGUAAGUUUAAGGGAUGUAGAAAGAGUUCUACAAGUGAUGAGCUGGUUCUUCAAUCAAGCUCAGGAUGAGGAAUGUGUACUUUUUACAGAACUUCAGGAGAUCAAGAAUAGACAGAGAGAUUUGAGAGAAUUAAGGGAUGGUAUUGAAUACGUUGAUGCAGAACAAGAUGUAAAUGAUUUAACAAGAGAUGUAACAAGAUCACUAGUUCUUGCUUUGGGAGUUUGUUACCAUGCCUGUUUGAAGAAAAGGAAAGAAUACAGAAGAACAGUUGCAAGACAUUUCAAAGCACCACUGUCAUUGCCAGGGGGAGCUGAUCAAAUUGAGGAAGAAAUAUCACAAUGUCAGUCAGUGUUUAUAGAAAAUGUUGAGCUACCAGCAAACAUUGCUAAGAACAAAGCUUUGAAAGAAAACGUUUUCAUGAUGAUUGUCUGUAUAGAACUAAGAAUACCAUUAUUUCUUGUUGGUAAACCUGGCAGUUCCAAAUCUCUGGCAAAAACAAUAGUAGCUGAUGCUAUGCUGGGAAAUGCAGCACUCAAUGAUUUAUUUAGGAAUUUUAAAAAGGUUAAGAUGGUGUCCUUUCAGUGUAGUCCUUUGUCCACACCCGAUGGAAUUGUAAAAAUUUUCAGAGAAUGUGCUGCAUACCAGGAAAAGAAUUUAGAAGGAUUUGUUUCAGUAGUGGUACUAGAUGAAAUUGGUCUAGCUGAAGACUCACCUAGAAUGCCUCUGAAAACUCUCCAUCCAUUGUUAGAAGAUGGUUGCUGUGAUGAUGAAGAACCAGAACCAUACAAAAAGGUUGCUUUUAUUGGAAUAUCAAAUUGGGCAUUAGAUCCUGCUAAGAUGAACAGAGGUAUACUGGUACAAAGGGAUAUUCCAGACAAAGAGGAGCUCCUGAGUAGUGCACGAAAAAUAUGCUCUUCUGACAAACAAGUGAAGAAGAUUAUUAAGCCAAUGAUAGAACCUUUAGCUGUAUCUUAUACCAUGUUGUUUGACCAAGCUUCUAAAGAGAUGAGAGAGUUCUUUGGUUUGAGAGACUUCUACAGUUUGUUGAAGAUGUUGUAUGGGUUUGUUUUAAAGUCAAGAAGUAAACCAACAUGGCUGCAGUUGAAACAUUGUAUUCUCAGAAACUUUGGUGGCUUGCCAGAAGAAGUGAUACAACCUGUUGACAUAUUUGCCAGAAAUCUUGCAGAAGUGGUCACUAAAAAUGAGAAGAAAACAAAAUUGGAUCCUGAAUGUUCUCCAACUGGUAUGAUAAAAGCAUGUCUAGAAGGAAGUGGUCAAGCAGACAGUGAAAGUAGAUAUUUACUGUUGCUGACAGAGAAUUAUGGAGCAUUGACAAUUCUACAGCAGAAAAUCUUCUCCAUGCACAACGCUGAAGUGAUAUUUGGAAGCAGCUUUCCAAGUGACCAGGAAUACACGCAGGUAUGCAGAAAUAUCAACCGUAUCAAAGUAUGCAUGGAAACUGGCAGCACUGUGAUUCUGCUGAAUUUAGAAAACCUUUAUGAAAGUCUGUAUGAUGCACUUAAUCAAUAUUAUUUUGAAUGUUGGGGUGAAAGAUAUGUUGACUUAGGACUGGGAACACAUAGAGUAAAGUGCAGAGUACACAGAAAAUUCAGAUUGGUUGUUGUAGCAGAAAAGCAGGUUGUUUAUGACCGAUUUCCUAUACCACUGAUCAAUAGACUGGAAAAACAUUUCUUGUCCAUGAAUACCAUGUUAACCAUGGAGCAGGCUGACCUAACAGAUGAAUUGACUGAAUGGGCAGAGAAUUAUGCAGCCGACAAAUCACCACCUCGUCUUGGCCACAAGAAAGAAGAGAAAAGGAUAGGUGAUGCCUUCAUGGGAUACCAUGCUGAUACAUGUGCUGCCAUUAUACAUCAUAUUUGUGAGAAAAGAAAAUUAAGAGAACUUGCAAUUGAACAAGAAAGGGAUCAGAUUUUAAAGGAAGGAAAGUCAACAUUACUGUGGUGUGCCACACCAGCUGCUGUUUCACAGAAUGGAGGAGAUGAAAUGGAUAUUUACUCUAAACAUCAACAGCAUGAGAGUUUAAAAGAUUAUCUGUAUGAAAGGAUGAAAAAAGACCCUAAUCAAUACCUUUAUAAAAGGAUGCAAAAUGAUGAUAAUCAAAAUAUAUAUGCACAGAUUACUACAAACUCUAGAAUAUUGUCACCUGCAGAAGUGGAUGAUCUGUUAACAACUUUACCCAUUGACAAACAGAAUGUGACCUCACUAACAUUGCAGCAAUUUCACACAGAACAACAGUUCAGCAGGCAAAUCAGGUCUUGUGCUGAAAGGAAAACAGAAUCUGAUUCACUGCUGAUUGUUCAAUGUGAAUGUGGGGACCAAAAUGCAGAGCUGAUUGCAUGUGCCAGAUAUUCUAUACAGAGAGAACUCAAAAAUAUAAAUGAAGAAAAUAGUGAAGUCAAAUUCCAUGUGGUUCUUCUUGUACAUCUCCCUGGUAUUGCUGGAGAUUCCUUUACUGGUUUUCAGUGUGGUUUAUGGCAUUCUGCUCAUAUAGAUGACCUCAGAAUUUCAAAAGUAAUUCCAGCAUUUUGUUACAUGCAUGGCAAGACUGCUGGUGAAAUUCUUUCUGGUAAAAAGAAACCAGAAUUUAAACAACCAAAUACAAUAGAUGUAAAUGCAGAACUAAAAACAAGUGUAGAAGAUGAAUCAGAAUCUAACCUUUUUGAACAGGACGAGUUUAACAUUAAGGAGUUUAUCUUAAGUUGUAUACACAAAGCACUGGCAUGUUUGAAGGACCCUCCAACAGACUCUGCAAGGACGACAGAAAGACUGAAAAUUGUUUUAAAUCUUUUGGAAAAACAUGAAGGACCCAAUGCAGUAUUGUCAGGAGUUGCUGAACACACAACCAAGAUCAUUAUAGAGAGGGAAGAAAGCCACAAAACAAUAUCAUCAGUUAACUGGCUAAAUAUGGUGGCUUCUAAGUCAGAUAAUAUUAAAAGAGCUGGAACCUUCAGGAAAAGUGUCAGCCAGGGCUUAGAAUCUAGAGUGGUUCCAAUUUUAGCAGGAAUUGUUUCCUUCAUAGACACCAACAGAAACUUGGAUAUUCUUAUCAGAAAUGAUGAACAGAAACAAACAUGGCAAACUGACCUUUGGCUGCAUUUUAUUAAUGAUCCAGAAUUAACUCAGUUGAACUAUGCCACUAUUGUUUCACCCGAACAGCAAGAGCUUCAAGAAGUGUUUGUGAAAACAACUUCUGCUACAGGCAAGGUGUUCUCAGCUAGCAUGCCGUUCUCCUGGUUGAUUUACAAUCAAAUUGAUGAAGUGCUAACAAAUACCAAGGAAACACAGGAUAAUAAUGAAAGUAAUAUGGAUCUAGUUCUGAAGGCUGCAGAUAUAUUUAGAGACUUUCCUGUUGGAAAGCUUUUACUAAGUAUUGAUGGAGUUAGCACACAUGCCAUUCUUGAGUGUUAUAUCAGAGAUUUUGUACAUAUGGUUUACCCAGUCCAAACUGAGGAUGAAGGCAAUCUUGUAUGUGAAGGUGUGGCAAUAGGUUGUAGAAGAUUACUCAGAGGAGAAUAUGGGAGCCUUUUACCUUCUCUAUUUGGUUGUCAUGUUGCAUAUUCCUCACAAGCAGCUCGAUUCAAGAACUUUUCACAUAUUGUUUCUGUUUGGCCGGACUGUAGUGAAAAAAUAGUUACAUUGAAGCAGAAGGAUGCAAACAAUUUUCUUGUUACAGAUGAAGAAAAUACAUUAGACAUCCUAGCUCUUCAGUUAUUGAUUGAUAAUCUCAGACCUGCCAGAGAACAACUGAACAAGCCAGACACUAGAAAUGAAUGGUUACAAAAGGUCUGCCAGUAUAGACCAGUUGUUGAAAGGAUAUUUGGACAUUUCAAACAGGAUAAACUUAAUCAAGAAUUUAAAUAUGAAGGAAGAUGUCUGGAAGGUUUCAACCAAGCCAGGUACAGAUGGACAAGAACCUUUAUUGUCAAGUUAUUUAUUGAGAAUGUUUGUAUAUCAAAUGAAGAAGAAGGAAAAGAAGUUGUGAGGUGCAUGGCUCUUUGGACAAAAUUAGGCAGAAAAGAUACUGACUUGAAGGCAUUACCUACAUUUGAAGCAAUAGAAACAUAUCUAAAAGAGAGAAAUGAAAAUGUUUUAAGCCAUUGUUUUGGAGUACUGUUGAAAUGUUCAGCUUGUAUGUACAAGAUCAGCAGUUUUCCAGUAAAGCUACCAUGUGACGAUGUAUAUUGCAAGAAGUGUUACAAAGAUCUUAUAGCUGUGAACAAGCAGUGUAUGAAGUGUAAAGAACCACUGCCAGAAAACUUUAAUCCUGAAGAAGUGCAUAAGAGUGAGAAUUUAACGAAAUACACAGAUUUCAGAAGACGAUGUAACAGUUUCUUUAUGGAGGUUGUAUCACAGCUUUGUUUUGCUGAAGGAACUCCACCCUCACCUGAAGUCAUAAAGAAACUUCAAUCUUAUAUCAUUGGUCAAAGUCAUAGUGAGAGAGAAGAGACACUGGUAUCUAAGGAAUUAACUGUGUUUCAGGAUUCAAUUGACCCCACACCAGUUGUCAGGUCAUUCCUUCUGCAACAGCUGAUGCAAACAAGUGGAGUUGAUAUAGAAGAACAUCUUACUAUUUACUUUGAGAGAACAAGCCAGCUUGUUGCAUCAUUUGGAAAGCAGGAAGAGUUAGUAGAAUUGUGUCUGUUGAUUUUACAGUGUAUGGAGGACUCUAUUCAUCAAAAACAUCAGCAGUAUUGUGACACUGAAGAAGAAAUAACUGUAACAACAAGAAUGAUCAGAGAAGCCAGCAACACAAUUUGUAGCAAUGACAUUGGAAUGCUGGAAAUAAUUCAAAAUAUUGCAAAGAUUAAAUUUUCCCUAUCUGUGGUUGCACAUUAUGUUCAGAAAAUAUGUGGAAUAUCUCAAAGACGAAUACCAAUAACAAGUCAUUUAAAAAGGUUGUUUGAAACUGCUGGACAGCUCUGUGAAGACUGUGCUUGUCCAUGGCCAAGGAAAUAUUUUGUGAAACAUUUAUGCAGAAGUUUUGGUAUAGAUACUUACCAAAUAGUUAAAGACAGUUUUGACUUUCUUGAAUGGAUACAACUACCUGACUUGAAAGGGAAAGAGGUUAAAGAAUGUCAUGACAGAUACAUUGUUUGUGGAGACAAAUACAAAGCUAUCAGAGAGGCAGUUGUAGCAGCAGGAAUUAGUCAGAAUGAAACUGAACUUCACGAAGCAUUGUCAGUACAACAUAAAGAUGCUUGGCAGACAAGAGUAAUGGUUCUUUUAGCCUUACACAGAGAGGUUGCUAUGAACAAUAUUCACACAGAUGAACAAAAAUUUUCUGAUCAGGGAUAUCAAAUUCUAAUAGAAGCUCUAUCAAAGCAUGCAUUAUUUAAAGAUCAGGAUGAAUUACCCUCUACAGUAAUGAAAAAUGAGCUUUGGAAAGAUCCAAGAUUCAAUAUUUACUGUGAAAUGAACUUGAAACAACAAAAUUUUAACUGUUUAUUAACCCAUUACUUGGUUAUGAUGAUGGAAAUCCCAGGAGAGAAAAUCCUUUUAACACCAUUAAAGAACAUUGCUUUGUUUCCAGAAAAUAUGAUUGAUGCCUAUUUUCCUACUAUGCCUCAAGAUGAAGCUGUUUAUGCAGCUGAGGCAAUUUUGCAGGCAAGACACAGUAAAGAUGAGAACCCUGUUCUAUACCAAUGCCCAAAUGGUCAUCCAUACAUAAUUGGAGAUUGUGGACGUCCAUAUUAUAAAGGUUCAUGUAAUGUUUGUGGUGAGAGAAUUGGAGGAAUAAAUCACUCAGCUUUUAAAGGAAAUGUAGUGUUUAAAGGUGAUACAACAGCAACUGGACAUAUUCUUGGUAGAUCUGGAGAAAGAAGUCAGAACCAGACGGUUGUCCAAGAUAGAAAUCUAGAUAAUUCAUCAGUAAUACUUCUCAGAUUGUUAACCCACAUGUCUAUGUUUGUUGGAUGUAAUUUUAAGCCUGAGGAAGUUUUAAAGUCAAUUAGAGUAAAUCCUGAAAUACAGUUACCAGAAGUUUCUGAUUUUCUUUUGGAACACAUUGGUUUUGACUUGGAGUGUUUGCAUAGAAUUCUAGGAAAAAGCCAUGAUGAUAUAUUUUUGCUAAUACAUGGAAUAAUUGCAAGAAUUAUGGAAAAACAUACAAUGAGUGUUAUAGGAGAAGUAAUACCAUUGGAAUGGUGUCAGUUAACCAAGAAUGAUGCUAGAAUAAAAUGGGAGCAAGAAUUUGCUAAAAAAUACAUUACCCCUAUUCUCAAGAAAUUGGAUGCUAAAUUAAAGAAGUGUAAUGAUGAAAUCUUAAUUGACAAAAGACUUGGGUCUGAUCCUUUGCUCCAGUUAUUAUAUGAAACUGACAUUCCAUCAGAAAUGAUUGACAUAACACAGCUUCAGGACAUUCCAGCAGUAUGGUGUUACAGAGCCCGUAUUUCUGUUGAUCAUUUAACACAGAUGCUCAACUCAAGUCAACAACAUUGUCCAGUUUUGAGUAUCUUCCUUGAAGAGGAAUCAAUUCUUAGAACCCUCAGAUUCAUUCCAAGUAUUCAAAGACUUCAGAAACUGUUGAUGGUUAGAUAUUAUAGAAAAAUAGACAAAAAUGAGGGAACAACUCUACAGAUCGAUGUUAUUGAGGAACACAUGGAAAAAGAAAGAAGAUUAGAAGAAUUUAGAAGCCUACUGUGUGAUUAUACAGAAGCAUGGGAAUGUGUGGUCCAUUCACUGGAAUCUUACACUUGCUCAGUGAAUGGUUCUUUCCUGAGAGUGAAGAAGGAACAUUUAAGAAAAAGUAUAGAUGGCAGAACACCAGUUUCCUUUAUGCUUCCUACUCUCAGAAAUGAUGAUGGACUGUGUGCCUAUAUGUUGCUGAGAUUUUUAUUGGAAAAGCAGAACAACUUCUUGGAAAAAUAUUGCAUGGAAAGUCAUAAAAUGUUUGAAAGUUUGCCAAGAGUUCAUGUGAAGGACAUUUCAUCAGCUCAUCUGAUAAGUUACCAUCCAGAGAAGGACCUGUUAUCAAUGGUGUUGGCCAAUUGUAAUUACUCAUUUGAAGUUGGUCAUGGUACUAAAGUGGAUUACAAUUUUAUCAAUCUUGAGAGGCAGCUGAUGGACAGAUUCCUUUUCUCCAAAUCUGUCAUUACUGACAUUGAACAGAUUGAGAUGUUUAGAUACAGAACAGAAUCAACAAAUGCUUUAGUAUUUGAUGAAUUGUCUCAAAAAGUUAAACAGGAGAGGAUAACUACAACAAUACAAAGUCAGAUUCAUAAUGAACUGCAGACAAGAGAGUACUCUGAUUUAUGUGACAGUCUUGUCAAGCUAGAUAUUGCCAUUAGUUUCCUGAAGUCUGUAGGAUCAGAUCCAGACAGCUUAUUAUGUGACUUUAUGUGUAAAACACUUAAGAUGGAAAAUCCAUUUCCAAGUUUAAAGGCACAGCAGUUUACAAAAUGUAAGAAUACUUUGUCAUGGUGGAUAACAUUAUCAUUAGAGAGAGAGAAACAGCAAGCAAAUUCUAGAUAUAAUCAGAAUGCCUUUGAAAGUCUUUCAGAUAGCUUUAAAGAUCCGUUAAAGCAAGACCAAAUAACAGCAAUAGAAGAAAUAGUAAAUGGUUUAUCUAUAGAAAACAUUCAUAUCUUACUGGUUGUGACAUUUGAAUGUAUUGUACUAAGAUUGGAUGUCCCACUUACAGAAAAUUUGAUUGAAAUCAGUUUACAAGAGAUCCUGAUUCCAUAUAUAGAAUCAUCACCUUAUGAAGAAGACACCCUUGUUAACGAUACUUUAAAAGGAUUUAUUGAGAUGUUGCCUGCUGGAGACAACAAUGAAAACAGCAUUACAACAGGACAAAUUGUUGAUUUCUGGAAAAUUAUCAACAAGCUGUUGAUUUCUAAACAAAAUUACAUGCAAUAACUUUGACUAGAAAAGUACAAGAAAUGUAUAUUGCUUUUUAAAACUCUUUUGUCGGCUUAAAGUCAUGGAUGUAAAUCAGAAAACUUUAAAUACAAUGAAGAGGGUCUCAUUGGGGGGUUCUGAUCCCGGAUCCAAUGUUUUGUCAGAUUCCCGUAUCACGCUUACACUAUGUAUGUAAGCAAUUCUCAUUUUUUUGUAAUUUCCCGUGUCUCGCUAGACUUCAUUUCUGUUUUCACGGCACAAUAAUAUGACUUUCAUGCAACACUCUUACUUAAAAUUAGCAAUCACACGUCGACAUGCUUAGAUCCCAAUGAGACCCACUAUGUACGUAAGCAAUUCUCAUUUUUUUGUAAUUUCUCGUGUCUCGCUAGACUUCAUUUCCUGUUUUCACGGCACAAUAAUUUGACUUUUACGCAACACGCUUACUUAAAAUUAGCAAUCCCAUGUUAUGCUUAGAUCCCAAUGAGACCCACUAUGAUUAAGCUCUGCACCUUUUAGAAUAAUGUUAAUACAAUUUCCUAGUAGUUAUUUUUUUUUAAGAAUUGCAUAUUAAUUUUUAUUUUUGACUUGUAUAUGUAUAGCUAUUACACUGUUUCACAUGAAGGUAAAUAGUAAUUGUCAAUGGCUUGUUGUGAAAAUGUAUAUUAAGUUUUUAUAUAGAAAUUAUGUUUUUAUUGUCAAUAUGAUUAAAAGUGUCAAUGAGACAAUUAUCCAUAGAUCAACUGACACAGUUUUUCUUUUUUAAGACUGUUUUAAAAAAAAUAUUGUUUUAAGCAUUUCAUAUGAUGUAAAAGCCGAAAAUUUCAUUGUCUUUUUUUCUUCAUUUCUUGGCAAGAUUUAGUUUUUAGAUCCUAAAUGUCCCAAUGUAGCAUGACAUGUUGAAACUGCAUUAGGAUUUAUAGUUUAAUGACCAUGUAAAGUCAGAAAUACAUGUAAUAUGUUAAUUUAAAAUUAUAAUAUUAUUUAUAUAUAUAUAUAUGUCUACCUGUGUGAAUUUCAAACGCGAAUUUUACACCAGAACUGAAAACCUUCCAUCCUUUACAGGUAGACUUUACAUAGAUAAAUAAAGUCGUAUAAGAUAAGCAAAAUGAGUAUGUUAAAUUUGAUGUAUGCCUUUUUGUGUUUCUUGUUACAUGUGUUGUUUUUACAAUGAUUAAGAUGAUAACAUAAUAUUGACUGCUGUACCCCUAUUUUUGACAUUUUUACUCUUUGAGUAUGUUUGUUUUGUUCAUGCAUCGUUGACAAUGUAAUGGAAUUUGAUAUGACUGUCAUACAAGUGAGAGGUUUAGCUAGCUAUAAAACCAGGUUCAAUCCACCAUUUUCUACAUUAGAAAAUGACUGUACCAAGUCAGGAAUAUGACAGUUGUUAUCCAUUCGUUUGAUGUGUUUGGACUUUUGAUUUUGCCCUUUGAUUUUGGACUUUCCAAUUUGAAUUUUCCUCGGAGUUCAGUAUUUUUGUGUUUUUACUUUUUAUAUAGAGUUGCAUCAUUGCACAUGUACUGUAUUUAGUAUUAAAUAACAUCAAUCAAUUGAUGUAUGCUGUACAUGGACUUUAGGGUCCAUAGUAAUAAGCAUUAGGUCAGUAUAAUACAUGUUUUGUAAUUGUCAUCAUAUAUUUACAAUUUAUUAUUUCAUUUGCUUAAAUAUAUAUAUAAGUUUUAUGUGUAUCAAUUAUAGAUUAAUUUAUCAUGUUAUAUUUUGGUUUAACUAUUUUAAUUUUAUUUUUCAUGUUAAGUUUGAAAAUCAUGAUUGUAAUUAUUCUGCUCAUUCUGGGUACUGUAAUUGGCCAAUAAAAUGUUUGUUUGUUUGUUUGUUUGUUUGUUUAAAUGAUAUACAAUCUAUUUAAUAGGACUUCUGUAUUGUGUUUUGAUGAUUCAAAGUUGAUAGCUAAUGAUUUUAUUCUCUUGUCCAUUAAAAACCUAUAACCACUCAAACUUGCCAUUAUUUGUUGAAGGAAUUGUGCUCAUAUAACUAAAAUAUUGGCAU